UUGGAUUACUUUUAUUUAAAUGUCAAACUAAAUUAAAUUGCAAAACGAAAUUUAAAGUGCAGAACAACCAACUUGAGGGCUAAGCAGAAGAGUUCAAGUAUAUAUAAAUAAUUGAUAAGAACGUGACACCUGGAGCUGAGACACCUGAGUUGUCACCCCACAUUCGGGCGAAAACAGCUAAUACUGAACUUCCAAAACGUUUCAAUUGAAUCAGAGACACCAUCUCGUCAACAGCAGCAUUCCGUCCGCAUUUGCAGCAAAUAAAACGCAAACUCUGAAUCAUGUCCAGCGAAGCCCCAACGCCGGUUCUGCGAGGCUGCAUUAAACUGCCCCUAGCCGAAGAUGAAUUGCUCGAAAUAACAGCCAAGGCCAAGGAUUAUGCCCUAAUGCAUGGAGCAGCGAUGCGAUCGAAAACCACUUUCAGUCCAGAUACAUUAAAUUUUGCUCCUUUUCUUUUGGUCCCAUCAUCGUUUCCCCGCAAGGAAUUCGAAAAGGCGGUGGCCCUGCAGCCGAUUAUCAAUCGUUUGAUGCACAAUGUGGCCCAUGAUGAGGAGUUCAUAACCACCACAUUGGCGGAGACAAUAAAAGUCGAUGAGUUUACAGCAAAUCUGUUUAAUAUCUAUCGCAAAGUGUUGGCCCAUGGUUUUACUCAGCGCGUUUCAUUGGGCAUGCUGCGUAGCGAUCUAAUGCUGGAAUCUGACUGUCCAGAGUUAUCAAUGAAGAUCCUGCAACAACAACAACAACGGCAACAAAAUGAAGAUGCAACGGUAGCAGCAGCAGCAGCAAAGGAUAAGGAAGAGAUGGUGGCAAUGGAGGCAGCGGACGUUAAGGCGGAGAUAUGUUUUAAUCAAGCAACAACCAAGUUCAAACCAAAAACCAAAUGCAAGGAUCGUCAUGCUAAUGUCAAACAAUCGGCAUAUUGCUGCUGGAAACAAGUCGAGAUCAAUACAAUAGCAUCAGGUUUUGGCCAUUUGGGACCAGCAAGUAAAACCAUACAAAGCUUUGUGCUGAGCGAACUUGGACAUGCGGAAAAGUUGAAAAAUAUGCCCAAAAAUAAUGCCCUAGCUGGUCUCUGUGAUGGCAUGGUCAAAGCAUGGGAUAUCUAUGGAAAACCCAAUGCUGUCAUCCUCUUUAUUAUUGAGGAUGUAUCCUAUAAUAUUUGCGAUCAACGUUUCCAUGAGUUUUACAUCAGAGAGACAUAUCCGCAUAUUAAAGUAUUGCGUCGCACCCUAACCGAAGUUCAUCGUGAGGGCAAACUGGGAUUAAGCAAAGAGUUGUUAUUGGGCCCUCAUGAGGUAGCUGUCAUAUAUUUCCGUGCUGGCUAUGAGCCUGGCCAUUAUCACUCGCAGAAUGAAUGGGAUGCUCGGUAUUUGAUGGAAACCUCAUUGGCCAUCAAAAGUCCAUCGAUUCAAUAUCAUUUGGCUGGAACGAAGAAAGUGCAACAGGCAUUGGCUCAACCUUCAGUAUUGGAGCGAUUCAUCAAUGAUCCCGAAGAGAUAAAGGCUGUGGGCAAAAUAUUUACCGGACUGUAUUCCCUGGAUGAUAAUGAUGCAGGCAAUGCCAGCUAUGAGAUGGCUCUACGUACACCAGAGAAGUUUGUACUUAAGCCCCAACGUGAGGGUGGUGGAAAUAAUGUUUACGGUGUGGAUAUACCCGAUGCUCUUAAGCGCAUGACACGAGUGGAACGUUCAGCAUGGAUUUUAAUGGACUUGAUACAUCCGCCAUUGACCAAGGGUUAUAUGGUGCGUCCGGGUGGUGAGAUGCCUCCACCUAUUGUGGAUAUGGUAUCUGAAUUGGGUAUAUUCGGUGUAGUGAUCGGUGAUGCGGACAAUAUAGUCCAUAAUUAUCAGGCGGGACAUAUGCUGCGCACUAAAUUGUCCACUGCCAAUGAGGGAGGCGUGGCCGCUGGCUUGGGCGCCCUAGAUAGUCCCUAUUUAAUUGAUAGUGACAAUGAAGAUUGAGAAUUCUGGGUUUUUUUGCAAAAUCCAAUCAAAUAAACGGCAUUCCAAUGUUGCCUAAAUUGUAUAAAAUACCGCAAACAAAUUAAAUGUAUAUCACCCCCCUUAACCCCACCCCCACCCCCCAAUCACCCAUUCCCCAAACAAUUGCUUUAUAUUUUUCUACACCCAAUUAACAAGCUUGUUGUGUACACAAACAGUUUUUUCUAUUGCAAUAAUAAAUGUAAAUACCAAAGUA